AAGUGAUCCUGGCAAACGCCGUCCCGCUCCUAUUCCCACCACGCUCCACUUCUCCCUCCGCCCCUCCUCUCAAUUGGAUUUAAGGGGGCUUUGAAUUCCGUCGUCUUCUGCGUCUGGCUCUGUCUUGUGGGAGAGAGGAGGCGGCGGCGAGAAGGGCUGUGGUGAGUGGGAUAUUUGGUGGGCGGCCGGUUGGGUUCGAAAGUUCGGAGAGAUCAAAGCGUUGAGUCCUCCGUUCCUCUUUGGGUGUUUCUGCCUUCAGAUUCAAGAGAUUUGAGGAAUUGUCUUCCUGCUUCCAGUUUGGAUCUGUUACAACUGGAAUUAUCUGCUGAGUGGAACAUCUGUCAAAUGGAAGAACAAUUUAUUCUCCGUGUUCCCCCAUCUGUAGCAGAACGAAUUGAACGCCUUUUGAAUGAGAAUGCCUCCUCUUCUUUAGAUGGCUCACUGGAUGUAUCCUUUUCAGAGGAUGGACGAAGUGGUACAUUUAUGAUAGGCGAUGAGAGGUUUCCUGCCUCCCUCUUGGAUCUUCCCUGCAUAGUGGAAUCCUAUAAAACCUACGAUGAUAAUGUGUUGAUCAAAACAGCUGAUGUCGGCCAGAUGAUCAUGGUAAGAGACGAAGGCGAUGCUGCUGUUGAAGGGGUUGAAUACAAGCAUGGACUUACUCCUCCAAUGAGAGAUGCUCGUAGACGGCGAUUCCGGAGGGAACCUGAUCUAAAUCCGGAGGUUGUGCAACGGGUUGAGAAAGAUCUACUGAACAUUAUGUCUGGUGGGACAGUAGAAAGUUUACAUGUCGAAACAGUCGUGCCGGAGGCAGGCGGUCAGCGCAAAAAGAAUGCUCCGGUGGCUGCUCCAAAGCCAGAUGAAGUGCAUGUGAAGAGUGCUGGAGGUGAACCCGAAAGAAGUGAUUCUGAUGAUUCUUUGGAACCUGAAAGCUAGUGCAUUAGAAACAUGAUGCAUGGUUUCUGAUGUUCCAAACAUAUUGUUACCCAAACAAGGUUUUGACAUGCCAGUGCCAAAAUCCUUUUUACAUGAGACAUGCCAUUUAAGCCUUGAUAUGUGAUGCCUCUUUGCUUACAAUAAUAAUACCUGUGACAAAUCUGGUUGAAGUCA